GCCCAUGGAGACACAGCUGCUCCUCCUGCUCCUUGGGUUCUGCUCAGCUGGCCUCGUCCUGGGCUCCGAACAUGAGACCCGCCUGGUGGCAAAGCUAUUUGAAGAUUACAACAGUGUGGUGCGGCCAGUGGAAGACCACCGCCAGGCUGUGGAGGUCACCGUGGGCCUGCAGCUGAUUCAGCUCAUCAACGUGGAUGAAGUAAAUCAGAUUGUGACAACCAACGUGCGACUGAAACAGCAAUGGGUGGAUUACAACCUAAAAUGGAAUCCAGAGGAGUAUGGCGGCGUGAAAAAAAUCCACAUUCCCUCAGAAAAGAUCUGGCGCCCAGACCUCGUUCUCUAUAACAACGCAGAUGGCGACUUUGCCAUUGUCAAGUUAACCAAAGUGCUCCUGGACUACACUGGCCACAUCACAUGGACACCCCCGGCCAUCUUCAAAAGCUACUGUGAGAUCAUCGUCACCCACUUUCCCUUUGACGAACAGAACUGCAGCAUGAAGUUGGGUACCUGGACCUAUGACGGCUCGGUGGUGGCCAUCAACCCGGAAAGUGACCAACCAGACCUAAGCAACUUCAUGGAAAGUGGAGAAUGGGUGAUCAAGGAGUCCCGGGGCUGGAAGCACUGGGUGUUCUAUGCCUGUUGCCCCUCCACCCCCUACCUGGACAUCACCUACCACUUUGUCAUGCAGCGCCUACCCCUCUACUUCAUCGUUAAUGUCAUCAUUCCCUGCCUGCUCUUCUCCUUCUUAACUGGCCUGGUGUUCUACCUGCCCACAGACUCAGGAGAGAAGAUGACUCUAAGCAUCUCAGUCCUGCUGUCCUUAACCGUGUUCCUCCUGGUCAUCGUGGAGCUGAUCCCUUCCACCUCCAGUGCCGUGCCCUUGAUUGGGAAAUAUAUGCUGUUCACCAUGGUGUUUGUCAUCGCGUCCAUCAUCAUCACCGUCAUUGUCAUCAAUACACACCACCGCUCCCCCAGCACCCACGUCAUGCCCGACUGGGUACGCAAGGUUUUUAUCGACACUAUCCCAAAUAUCAUGUUCUUCUCCACAAUGAAAAGACCAUCCAGAGAAAAACAAGACAAAAAGAUUUUUACGGAAGACAUUGAUAUUUCUGACAUUUCUGGGAAGCCAGGGCCUCCACCCAUGGGUUUCCACUCUCCCCUGAUCAAACACCCUGAGGUAAAAAGUGCCAUUGAAGGAGUCAAAUACAUCGCAGAGACCAUGAAGUCAGACCAGGAGUCCAAUAACGCGGCCGAGGAAUGGAAGUAUGUUGCAAUGGUGAUGGACCACAUUCUCCUUGGAGUCUUCAUGCUCGUCUGUAUCAUUGGAACCCUGGCCGUGUUUGCAGGUCGGCUCAUUGAAUUAAAUCAGCAAGGAUGAGCAGCGCUGAGCACUAGGCAGAGCAGAGAAAGGCGGGGAAGACAGAAAUAUCUGUCUGCUUUGAUACAAGCUCACUUAACAGACAUCAAAUUUUCUGUAUUUAUGAUUAAUGAUAAUGAUUUUUAUUUACAUAAGGU